CAGUAAGCUUGUCACCAUUGUUGCAAAAUGACUUCGAGAGCACAUGUUGGCAGUGUGGUCUGCUUAUUGUUACCUAUAUGCGCGCUGGCUAUAGAAGUAUUUUCUUCUUCGUCAUCAUAUAGCUCAAGCUCUUCUAGUUCUGGAGGACAAAUACACAAAAACACAGAGACAGUUAUAGAGAAUGGGAAAGAAGUACAUUAUUGUUCGUACAAGGGAAUGAAGUUCUUACCCGGAUCUGAUUUCACCGAUUAUGAAGGCUGUCAAAAAUGUAACUGUACCGAAGAAUGGUUCAGUUGCUACUCCCUGGAAGCAAGCGUGAACAUAAGAAGCCAAGUUAAUGGAAACAACGCUACAUGUGUUGGUCUGAAAAUAGGAUGUGCCACAGAAUGGGUGCUCAAGGCAAAUCAUAGCAUCAACUGUCCCCAGGAGGAAAUUCCAAAAGAACAGCCUUCUAUGCCUACAGAACAGCCAUUUAUGUCAUUAAUGGACUUUUUCCUAUAAUCUGAUUGAACGAAAUUUAAAUUGGCGAUUU